GACAGGAUACUGGGUUAGAUGGAUCUUUGGUCUGACCCAGUACGGCCGUUCUUAUGUUCUGGCUCAAACCAGGCAGCAAAUGGGAUCUAAGAAGCCAUUAUGUCAGCUGGAGAUCACCAGAAUGCAGCAGCUCUCUGGCCACAUCUCCACAGCCCCUAUAUCACCCUCUGUGCCAAGGGGAAUAGAGACAUCUAUGCCCGCUCUGCCUAUGGUACCGUUAUGAGUAUCUCACAAUCUCUGUUGUAUUUCUCUUCACAACACCCCUGUGAUGUAGGACGAUGCUGUUUUCUCUAUUUUACAGAUUGGGAAUGGAGAGACAGAGAGGCUAAGUGACUCGCCCAAGGUUACACAGGAAGCACGUGUCAGAGCAGGGAAUUGAACGCAGAUUCCUGAAGUUCUACACUAACAACUUCAUUCCUGGACCGUUCUUCCUCUAUGCCAGCCACUGGCUCCCCCAUGCCAACGUAUUCUCAGCUGCACAGUGGGGGCAACUUGAUGGACGGACACUUUGCGCUGUUGCACGAAGGAGCCAUAUAGAGGGCUGAGAAUCUGGCCCAGGUGAUAUAGUCCUAUGGAUGUAUUAAUGAGGCUGGAGAUUUCAGCUCUUUCAGAUGCAAGAUGAUUAUAAGGAGGAUAAAAAAAAAAUAAACGUAACCUCAGCCUCAUCAGUGAAAAGGCACAGGUGAAAAACAGCCAAAGCCUGCAAUCUGUCUCCAUAGCACCUGUAUGUUUCACUAGCGUCGGUUACACCAGGGCAGUUCCUCCUUGAGAGCGAUUGACUCAGGCUCUUUGCAAACUCAGGCAGGUAUCCCUGCAUUGGUUACACUGGAGUCACUUCCCCCAUUCACAGCAAUUAGCAGAGGCUCUUUUGCAGACUAAGGCAGUGUUAAACUCGUUGCAGAUCCCCCCCUUUCAGCGCACUUGGCUCAGGCUCUCUGCAGGUUCAGGCAGACAUUGCAGUGUUGGUUACUCUUGGGGCAGUUCCUCUCAGAGCAAUUAUCUCAAGCUCUUGCACACAUCACUCAGGUCACCUUUUCAAGCUUUUCUUCCCAACCAUGAGAGGUAGAGAUCUACUCUUUUUUUUAAAUGAAGGUUGAGAUUCUGCUCUAAUCACAUGACUCCGGAAACUGGGGCUGGGCCUUUAGUUUCUAGGUCUUAAUAAUCCCCGUGGUUCCUCCAGUUAUCUCUCACAUCUUCUCCAAUCAAGCCCUCCCACCCCUUUUUCUCACUCGCUGUCCCAUUCUGAGGCCCUAUGUAGAUUUCUCUCCCACAACAACAUCCUUGGCCUAUACCACAAUGGUUCUGUUUAUCAAGAGUAUGCAGAGUGCAGGGGGUCCUUUGCAAAGUGUUUCUGAAACCAGAGCACUUUUUUGACACGUUUUUGCAAGCAGGCAGAACAGCAGUGGCUUGAGAUCACACAGGAAAAGAAAGAAUGAAGCAAGUUGCUGGUCAAGGCAGCAUUUCAUCACCUCGCGGCUUCUGCGGUGCAGAUUUUCCAUUAGACAAAUAGGCCUGAAGCCGGAGAAUUCGGGGCUGCUCUAAAAAUAAAUCGCUCUGGCUUAAAGCAAAAUCUUCCCCCAGUUCACAUGCAUCUGGGGGAAGGCGGGGGAGAUGACCAGGGGUUUCAGCAAUACGUGGGACUAGAAAUUCUGUUCUAUUCCAUAUAGGUUCUUAUACCAUGCUCAUCACCAUAGCAUUUGAGCAUCUUCCAGUCGUGCAUUAAGCAACAUGACUAACAUCCGUCACACUUGUUUGUUCUCUCACCCUGUCCCCAGGGGGAAAAUUGGGUGCACCGGAGUCAUGUAUUUAAAUUAGAGAAGGCCACUCAAAGAGGCGCUCCUUGCCCUUGGAGCAGAAGGUGGGGCGGUUUGGGAAGGUCCUUUGUUCCUGGGAGAAUUCACGGCAGUCUGGAGAGAGUUCUGUCUCCUGCACGGGUGAGCUUUCCCCUUAUUUUAGAGUCCAGUCGGCCCAGAAGACCAAAGUUAUCGCCCAUGGUUUUCACCCCAGAGGUGUAGACCCAUUCGGAGAUCCUGGGCCCAGGCCACGGAGCGCCUUGACGAUCAGGACCAGAAAGAGCUUUGGCUUCCUAGAAGAAUGGAUCGAGCUUUGUCGAAAAGGUCAAAACCACAGAUAUCCGGCUGGUAGCUGAUUUGCUGUUCAGAGGAGGAGGCUGGGUUUGCUGCAAUGGAUGAAAAAUUCAGCUUCUGUUUUUUGGUCGUCUGUUUUUGCAAUCAACUGGUCAAUAAUCAAUCAAGAGGUUGACAAGCUGUUCUGAGGAAAGGUGGUCCCCAGCGGUUAGCGCAUGAGCCUAGAAUGUGGACAACCAGUGUUCAAGUCCUUUCUCUGCUAUGGGAAUGUUCUAGAAUCCCCUCAGUGCCCGCGCUGGCAUGGGGUCGUUCUGAAGGUCGGGGGCGCCGGGGUCAUCAUCCUGCUGGUGAUGGUAGCCGUGCUGAGUGCUUGGGCAAUAAGCAGUAACGAUCCUUCCCACGGAUGCUGUGCUGAAGUUUUUCAGGGCUUCUCUAAUAAAGGACCAGCCUUGAAGAGCGACGGUGUCACUCAGGGAACCAGAAGUGGAAGAGAAUGCAACGCCGGCCUGGAGGACUUCUUUUUUCGUCUGAAGCAGAGUCUGUGUGAUCCGGCCCAGAUAAGCUCAGCAGGUGGAUCCGGGUGCAAACUCUGCCCCACGGAGUGGAUGCUGCACAGGGACAAGUGCUUCUGGCUGUCUAAAGAGACUAAGGCCUGGAACGAGAGCCGUGAUGACUGUUCAAGGAAGGGGUCUCAAAUGCUGGUGCUCCAGGACUGGGAACAGAUGGAUUACCUGCAGCCUCUCAUACCAGCUGGUCAAAGUGUUUGGAUUGGAUUAACAUUCAACUCUUCACAGAGGAAGUGGACCUGGGCGGACGGUGCCCCUGUCAGUGAAGAACUGGUCCCAGGAUUAAGUCAGGCUGAAGCGAACAGCUGUGGACACUUAGGAAUGUCUAAGACUGAGUUUGAAAUCUGCAGCAGUGAAUUAAAAUGGCUCUGCCAGAAAGCAGCUUUCCUGGUAUAGACUGCGGCACGACUGAGCGGGAAAGUAAAAGGCCUUCAGUCUCUGAAACAUCUACAGUAUUUUCAGCUUUACUUAUAAUGUCGGAUUGCUGCACAUCUGGGGCCAGAGCUCAGGCUGGUGUGAAUCAGCCACAGCUCCACCGGAGUCAAGGGGGCCAGACCCCCAGCUGACGUGCAUCUGUGCCUUUGCCCACUAAAAAAAAAAAAGCAAAUCCACCCACUGGGCCCUAAUUGCCAGAGAUUUUCCCCACUCUAGCCCCCCAGGAAUAAAGAGGACACGCACCUCCCCCCCAGGGGUGGCAAAGCCAGGGAGCUAGUGCCCCUGCAAGGGAAAUAUUGCAACCUUGCACAAUUGGCACACAGCUUGGGGGGCUGGAGAGUAAGAGUGGGACCAAGAAGGCUGGAACGGGCCUGGGAGCAGAUAGGGACCAACCCUCCCAGCUUGGAGCCCCUUCCCCCCAAAAUGCUAAGUCUCAGAACCUCGCUACACAAUUCCUUCCUGUCUCCCUGCCCCCAUCCCCAGGGAACCUCCACUUCCACCCCCACUUUGUUCCCCUUUAACCCAGCUUCCUCUAAUAUGCUUCCCCAACUAGCCAUGUGACCAGUUAACCCUUUACAGGCUGCAACGCCUUUCCCUUGUUGCAGACCCCAUCUGUGUGUCCUGGCUGGAUGCAUUGAACGUUCACUUCUAUGGGAAAAUAAACUUUUGUAAAAACAUUA